AUGCCAAUCCAGUAUUUCCGCCAGAAUAUAAGGACUGCCGCUGCUGCUGCCGUUGGCUCUGCUGCUGCUGCUGUUGAUUCUGCUGCUGCUGCUGCUGCUCUUCCUUUCCUUCUGCUGCUGCGGCUGCUGCAAAAGGGCCUUAAGUGCAGCAGCCAGCUGCCCGGUGCUCCUGCCUGCCCGAGUCUGGUGGCAGCAGCAGCAGCAGCAGCAGCACGCACAGAAAGCACAGCAUUAGCAGCAGCAGCAGAGACGCAAGCCGCACUAGCAGUCCCAGCCGCAGCAGCAGCAGCACCCGCAGCAGCAGCAACACCCGCAGCAGCAACCGUAGAAAAGCAGCAGCAGCACCCGCAGCAGCAGCAGCAGCACGCGCAGCAGAAGCAGCAACAGCAGCACCCGCAGCAGCAGCAGCAGCACCCGCAGCCGCAGCACCCGCAGCACCCGCAGCAGCAGCAGCAGCAGCAGCAGCAGCAGCAGCAGCAGCAGCUGACCAAUUCGCGUGGUGUGCGUUGCUGCUACUGGGCCACACUUGAUGCCGUGGGUGUCAGUGGAAAGAUCAUAAACUCCCGCGAGGACAUUUUCGUAAAUCUUCCGCGCCGUCAAUAUGAAGGCCUGCGCGCCAGCAGCAGCAGCAGCAGCAGCAGCAGCAAGUCGCAGCAGCAGCAGCAGCAGCAGCGGCAGCAGCGGCAAACCCGCGGCAGCAGCAGCAGCAGCAGCAAACCCGCAGCAGCAGCAGCAGCAGCAAACACGCACCAGCAGCAGCAGCAGCAGCAAACCCGCAGCAGCAGCAGCAAACACGCAGCAGCAGCAGCAGCAGCAGCAGCAAACACGCAGCAGCAGCAGCAGCAGCAUCCGCCGCCAAAUGGCACCGUGGCAGCAGCAGCAGCAGCUGCUGCUGCUGCUGCCCCCUUUAUCCCCAGCAGCAGCAGCAGCAGCAGCAGCAACAGCAGCAACAGCAGCAGCCGUCCCACCAACGCCCAUUCCCAGCAGCAGCAACAGCCUCGGCCCAUCUCUCACCACCAGCAGCAGCAGCAGCAGCAGCACCCCUCCUAUCCCCAGCAGCAGCAGCAGCAGCAGCAGCAGCACCCCUCCUAUCCCCAGCAGCAGCAGCAGCAGCAGCAGCAGCAGCAGCCCUCCUAUCCCCAGCAGCAGCAGCAGCAGCAGCAGCAGCAGCAGCAGCAGUUUACCUUCUUGGAAGGUGACUUCUCUGCGUUCCAAGUCGCAUUUGUUUCCAACUAA